AUGGAGGAAGAGGCUAAUUCUUGGAUUAGGAGAACAAAGUUUUCUCAUCGCUUUGAUUCUUCAAGAUUGGCCUCCCUUCCUCUAACCAUUGAACAAGACCGGAUUUCAGGGUUAAAGUCAAGGCCUAUAGCAACAGCAACAGAGGCUCCUUCUAAUCGGACUUCAAGUCUCGGUAAUUCAAAGACUCAGAGGAACCAUGUUCCUUCACGGUUUCAGCGAAAUCUCAUUAUCAACAAGCAGAGAUCUUUGUCCCCUCUGCCUCAGACCACCCUCUCUGAUGAGUUUAAGGAAGCCAAGUCUGAAGCCAAGAGGUUUUCGACACCACAUCCUAAGAGAAAAGUUAUGGGAAGGUUAUUUAGUAAGGAUUCACAAACUAAGGUAUCGAAUCCGAUGAAUACGAGCCCCCUGAGGCACUUGGCGUCUAUGAAAGUCAAUGACAAGUCGAAGAACCGGAAGGAGUCGCCUUGGGCCAAGUACUUUGACCAUGCCGGUGGCAGAAUUAAUGCUGUGGAAGCUGCCGACGAAUUUAGUGUUGAUUUGUCAAAGUUGUUUCUUGGGCUUAAGUUUGCUCAUGGGGCGCAUAGCAGGCUUUACCAUGGUAUUUACAACGAUGAAGCUGUUGCAGUUAAGAUUAUCAGGGCUCCGGAUGAUGACGAAAGUGGAGUAUUGGCAGCUCGAUUGGAGAAACAGUUUAGUAGAGAAGUCACUCUUCUAUCACGUCUCCACCAUUCAAAUGUCAUAAAGUUCGUUGCAGCCUGUAGAAAGCCACCCGUAUAUUGUGUAGUCACGGAAUAUUUAUCAGAGGGUUCCUUGAGGGCAUAUUUGCACAAACUGGAGGAUAAAUCUCUUCCUUUAGAGAAACUGAUUGCCAUUGCCUUGGACAUUGCUCGGGGAAUGGAAUACAUACACUCACAAGGAGUCAUUCAUCGGGACCUCAAGCCCGAAAAUGUUCUUAUUGAUCAAGAAUUCCACCUGAAAAUUGCUGAUUUUGGUAUAGCAUGCGAGGAGGCGUACUGCGAUUCUUUGGCUGAUGACCCUGGGACGUACCGUUGGAUGGCCCCGGAGAUGAUCAAGCGUAAAUCCUAUGGGAGGAAGGUUGAUGUGUACAGUUUCGGACUCGUCUUGUGGGAAAUGGUGGCCGGAGCAAUCCCCUAUGAGGAUAUGAAUCCCAUUCAAGCUGCUUUUGCUGUAGUGAAUAAGAAUUUGAGGCCUGUUAUUCCAAAGGACUGCCCAUCUGCCAUGCGAGUCUUGAUUGAGCAAUGUUGGUCCUUGCAACCAGAUAAAAGGCCUGAGUUUUGUCAGGUUGUGAAGGUAUUGGAGCAAUUCGAGUCUUCCCUUGCCCGCGACGGAACCUUGACUCAUGUACAAAAUCUAAUUUGCCAAGAUCAUAAGAAGGGGCUCCUUCACCGGAUUCAUAAGCUUGGUCCUGUGCAUCCUCAUAGCACACCCGUGCCCAAACCCAAGUUCUCUUGA